UUACGUUUAGUAUGAAGCUUGGCAAUCGUGCGUGUGAAAAGCAACUAGCCAAAGAAGUUCCUAAGCAAAAAUUUUAAAACGGUUCGAGUUCUUGCUGAAGACAUCACGUGUAGAAGGAUGGGAUCGUCAAGCUCGUCCAUGUCAAACUCACGAUCCAGGAGUACCGGUGCGGCUUACACGAAAAAAUUGUAUUUUGAUCCUGAGGCCGAUUCGUCCGAGGGUCGUGAUUAUUGGAUAACUGAUGCUGAAUUACGUGAAACACUGUCAGAGCUGGUCGACGUCACAGAGCGCAUUGUUGAGGUUAGGUAUUACAAGCACCCACUAGGCGCGUGGCAGUUGACGGACCAUUUGUUGCAUCACGCUUUCAUUGUAUUCGAAACGAACGCGUGGUGGUGGUCCAUCGAGAAAAACGACGAAGGCGUCACCAUUCAGCGAUCAAAGGACUUUGACAGCGUUUGCUAUAGGUACAGGCGAUCCAAGCGUAAGACUAGCAUUGGAAAAGGUGUUGAAAUGGUGAAAAAAGCAUCUGGAAGCACGACAGUGAUGGAGCUGAUUAAUCACAUUUGGAGGAAAAAUUAUCUAAAUCAGGAAUACGACGCUCUGUCGUACAACUGCCAACACUUUGCUGAUUUGAUUUAUGAGUUCAUUUAAAACUAUUCUAGUUAUUCCUUUCUUCCUUAACUUGUAGUGCUUUAUUCCCCUUGCAGUCUUGAUUCAGUGCAGCAUUUUAGCCCAUGAAACCAAUACAAACUCUUUUA